AUGGCUGCCUCUACAGCUGGGUUCGAGCAGGAGAACGUGAUCAAGAAUUUGCAAGAGAAUAUUCAGCUUGUACUACAACAGAUUAAAGAUGGUGAAAGCCGGGAUGUGGACGAUGCAGACUUCAACAAAGAAGUCUACUGGAAUAAAGUUGCUGCGGUCUUCAAAAUCUUGUCCAUUGAGACAACAAAAAUUUCUCUGGCUUUUUCCAAAAAGCCAUUUCCAUCCAGUCAGAACACAGAAGCAAUGGUAACUGAGCUAGAGAAAAGUAUGUUGACGCUAGUUUCGGUGUACUAUGCUCUUCCACUGUCUCAAGGCACCACACUCCAUAAGCACUUGCAGGAAACUGUGCUUCAGAUCCUGGCCAACUUGCAGGGCUUUGUCAGUUCUUUGUCUGAAUGCGUCAUGUCCGAGAGUCACUCCAGAAGGUUACAGUGGACAGGGGGAAUUUGGGAGUCUGUGGACUUCACACUGCUGAAAGAUAACAAAGAGUGUACGCUGAGGAAGUUGAAGGAAGUAUCUGAGCUGGUCCAGGAUGCUUUAGUGGAGAUGGAAGAGGCAAUAGAGAACGAAGGGGAGCUGGAUGACUUUAUGCAGGAUUCUGAGAAGUCCAAUGCUGAUGUCUGGUCGGAACAAGAUAAACAGGUCGCCCUCUCUUGCACUGGGAUGGUCAAAACAAUGAAGAAUUUACUAAAGAAGACACAGGAGUCGGUGCAGAAACUGGGGGAGACAGACACAAGAGAAGGAGUCGCAGUUCUCGACGAAUUGGUUGAUUUAAUAUCUGGAGUCAAUAUUAAAGUCGAUGAUUUUGUGUGUAGUAUCUAUGCUCCAGUCAACUAUACAUCAGUUGUACAGAAUGGAAAGGCACUAGCAGAACUGACCGACCAGCUCCUCAAGUUUCUAAGGGACAGCACUCUAACUAAAGCAGAUGACACCAAAUGGUUGGACUUCCUGUCACAUGCAAGCACGCACAAUCUGGACAAAUUGAAACAAGUUACACAGAGCAGUCUGGGUGAGGGUUGA